AUGGAAAAAAAGAACAGAAUAGAAUUUUUAUUGAAUUACAACCAUAAUAUAAAUAAUAACUUAUUUUUAAACCCCAAUUUUAUUCAUAAUACAAACAAUAAAAAUAUUAAUUAUAAUUUUUAUAAUGAAAAUAACUAUUACCCUACCUAUGAAAUAAAAGAGAAUUAUUUAUCAAUUCCAAAUCAUAAUCAAACAUUUGAUAUGUAUAUAAGCAAUUCACCUCAUCCAUUGGUGGAAUCUAAAAAAAGAGGUCGACCUAAAAAAAUAAGACCCAAUGAAUGCUUUAUUUGCAAAUCAAAAAGCACCUCUGAAUGGAGAACUAUUAUUGGACCCAAUUCUCAAAAAGAAUAUGUUUGUAAUGCUUGUGGUUUAAGAGAAAGAAAACUAAAUCCAAAUAAAAAAAAACCCAAUACUAUUGAUCAAACUUUAUAA